UACUAUAGUACCCAAAACUAAAUUUUUUUUGUGGGAACUGAACAAGGCCUAGCCCAAGAGCACUGGAAGCCCAUCCGCCAAAGCGGCUCCUAUCUUUGUGUCGUCCACGGCGUGAGACAACGGAGACACUGGAAGCCCUCGCAAACCCUAACCCUAACCCCCCAAAUCCAGGGCAAACGCAUUCCAGAUUUCCAAUCGAUUCGACUCCAAUGGGUGACCAUCAACGCCGCCACCGCGGCGGCGGUGGCGGCUUCGGUGAGGACCGCAUCAGCGGCCUCCCCGACGCGCUGCUGCACGAGAUCCUGGUCCGCCUCCGCUCCGCCUCCGCCGCCGCGCGCACCAGCGUGCUCUCCCGCCGCUGGCGCCACCUCUGGGCGCACCUCCCCGAGCUUCGCCUCGUCGCGCUCCCGUCACGAGAGGCAGCGCCAGCCUCGUUCAUCGACACCGUCGACGCUGCUCUCGGUGGCUACUUAGCCCCUACCCUCGAGCACCUCGGCGUCUCCCACCACGUCACCGACAUACAAGGCCGCGACCUCCGCAUCUCGCCUGCACGCAUUGCGCCGUGGCUGCACUUCGCAGCGGCGCACGUGGUGGGCGAGCUCAAUCUCUAUCUCCGUGUGCCUCAGACCUUCGGAGCUUCGACACCGGAAAUCGUCUGGGAUGAGGAGGCGGCGGUGCUCGAGCUUCCGGUAUGUGAACGAACGAAACGAAUCGAGCUCUUCCUACAAUAUGCAUAUACACACUGGCUCCGGCCCCAGGCAUCCGGCCUGUUCGCGGUGCUGACGUUCCUGAAGAUAAAUGGCUAUGUCCGCAUGGAAGGCCGCGAUCUCACAGCCCUUGUGAGCACGCAGUGCCCGUGUUUGAGGGACCUCGAUCUUUUCAUUAAGCUAAUUGACAACUUUGAUGUCUUGAUUCACUCCAACUCGUUGCACACACUGGUGCUCCGCGUCUUGGAGACAAGGCGUCUAGAGGUUGUGGCCCCAAGACUUGAAGAGUUCACUAUAUAUGAUCAACCCAAGGAGGCUCAUAUCUCUGCUCCGAAGCUUGCCAAGGUAGCUUGGCAUGCUGCCUAUGACCCUCAUAUCAAUCGGUUUGUUGAUGUUGGCCGCACGCUCCAGCUACUGAGAACUUCUAAACAGGCGUCGUCCCUGACUAAGCGUUUCAAUGAGGUUGAUGAGUUGGAUCUGAACAUCUCCAUGUAUUUCCCAGAUGUUGCAACGUAUGAAAGCUUCUUGAUUCAAACAAAUAAGCUGCCCAAGUGUAAGAGCUUCAGAUUACUAUUAAGUUGGGAACACCAUGCCUUGGUGCCUAUCGUGUUGCAUCUCUUGAGAACAGAAAAGUGCUUCGCCCAGAAAUGAGUAAAGUUUUUUUUAGUCUAUAUAUAUAGAAAUUCGUCCCAAACCGUCUUGGUCAAUGGUCAUCCUAAUAAGCACGACUCCUUCUGAAAUGUUACAAAAUCAUACACAUAUUUUUUUGUGUAUAAUAUUUUAGAGACAUAAUUUAUUACUAGAAGUUCUAAUUAUACUUUUUUCAAUAUAUAUUUUAUAUUAGCUUAUAGACAAUUUUUCUAAAUAGCUGUUGAAACUUAAUUUUUAUUCAUAACCAUCAGCGAGCAAAUUUAUCGAUACCAAUUUCUAAAAGUAACUUUUAUGUCAUCUGUUCUAGAUAAAUUUGUCAAACUAAAAAAAUGAAAAAAGGUAGGAAUGAAAAAGGAAGUGAUAAAAUAAAAUGCAAAUUAAGGAUACAGAUAAACGAAAAAAUAAAGAAAAAAAGAAGUUAGAAAGUGCGUGUGCAUGGAUGGAUCGUUCCGAGCACACAAUGAGAGAAAUGGAAAAAAAUAAAAGUAAGCAAAUACAGGAGGAAAGGUUGGAUUGAAACACAAGACACUUAAGGGGUCUUUAGUUCCCCUUUCAUCUCAAAAAAAUUUUGGGUUGUGAUUUAUCAUUUUUGCAUAAUAGAACUAAACGCCAUGCAAAAUUUUUGACGAAAUGGUUGUCAUUUUCUAUUUUGGAUUUUGGCCUUAAGAGACAAAAAAAAACCCCAAAAGAGCCUUAAGAAGGCAGAAUGAGGGCAAUAAAUUCUGUAUUUUGGAUGAAACUAAAUAUAACCCUAAAAAUUUUGAUAUUUUAGAUUUUAUCAUUCCAAAGUAGUUGGUAUUUUACAUUUUACAUUCCAUAGAAAACUAAACAGCAGCCCUUACUAAUCUACCAUGGGUCCGGCACACAUAAAAAAGUGAAAAACAAGUGAAAGAGGCAUUUUGUCAAAAAAAAAAA